AUGCGGUUUUUAUUGAGAUUGAAUGGUUUGAAAUUGUUCGCUGUUGAUUCUGAGUCGUUGCCUUGUUGUUCGUCAUCUAGGAAGUUAGGGUUUAGGUGUAUUGUUACCAGUUGCAGAGCCGUGCUUUUGCCGCGAUUCGGUGGGCCCGAGGUCCUUCAGCUCAGGGACAAUGUCAAUGUUCCUGAUCUCAAGCCUAAUGAGGUGCUUGUUCGCGCUCGUGCCGUCUCCAUUAAUCCGCUUGAUUGCAGAAUGCGAUCAGGCUAUGGUCGAUCCUUAUUUGAAUCACUUUUGCCCCUUAUUUUGGGCCGUGAUGUUAGUGGUGAAGUCGCAGCCAUUGGAAACUCUGUCCGGUCACUCAGUAUUGGGCAGGAAGUGUUUGGUGCACUGCAUCCAACUGCUGUAAGGGGUACCUAUUCUGACUAUGCUAUUCUCGCUGAAGAUGAACUUGCUCUGAAACCAGCAUCAAUUACACACGUGGAAGCAAGUGUCAUUCCUUUUGCUGCCCUGACUGCAUGGCGUGCUUUAAAAAGUACCGCCAGGAUAACCAAGGGGUAA